GCCAAACUUCUAAUGUAGGUUUCUGAUUGGCAGGAAUUCUUCUCCAAUAAAUAUGGUACAAUUAUGUGUAGCGUUGUAUUAUAUAACUGCAGUUUCAAUGAAAAUAUAUUAACUCUUAAUCGCAUUCUUGUUGCGUUAGUGUAAUAAUUCCAAAGCUUUCGUUACAGAGCUCGUCUUGCAGAAACAUUGUCGAUAAGAUGUGAUAAUUCGAAUAAUUUCUGUUCAGUUUCCUAUAAAUUACCAGAUAACAGGUUUUGAAGAGCUUUGUCGGCUUGCUUGCUCCCUCUACAAGAAGAAUCUGCUUGAUAUACGCUCAUUAUACCUGAACGUUAUACCACGCAUACGCGUAUAUUAAGCAGCUCGUGUGUUCGAUAAAAACUAUCCUGGACAACAUGUUCAAAGUAGUGCAGCGCGAGUUGUCGUCGUGGAAUCAUUGUCGCUUUAUCACGACCGUCAUUACUCAUUCCCUUCGCGAUAACGCCGGCGAAAUCACAGCAACGAGACCGAACUCAACGGGCCCUUGUAUCCGAAAGUUUUCGACGCAAUCCCGCGAGAUGGUGAAGGCGAGGAAGUACGUAGUGGUGAAUCAUUUCGUGGGCGAAGCGAAGUCGACGGAUCUAAAACUGGUGGAAGAGGAGCUGCCGCCAUUGCAGAAUGGAGAAUAUCUCGUGGAAGCUGAGUAUCUUUCUGUGGACCCAUACAUGAGACCGUACGUGCAAAGAUUCCCGCGUGGGAUCACAAUGAUCGGCAGUCAGGUCGCAAAGAUCAUAGAAUCUAAGAAUCCGGAUUUUCCGGUCGGCAAAAGGAUUGUAGGAUCCCUAGGCUGGAGAACGCACACGAUCGUCAAUCCGGCCGUCAAAGACGCGACCCAAAUACUACCAACGUACAUUUUGCCGGACAUAGGCGACCUGCCGUCGUCCCUUGCCCUAGGCGUGCUGGGAAUGCCAGGCAACACGGCGUAUUUCGGCUUGCUGGAGAUAUGCAAACCGAAAUCCGGCGAGACAAUCGUCAUCAGCGGAGCCGCUGGUGCGGUCGGCUCGCACGUGGGCCAGAUUGCCAAAGAUCUGGGUAUGACUGUGAUCGGUUUAUGCGGCUCCGACGAGAAGUGCAAGUGGCUCACUGAGGAACUGGGUUUCGAUUCCGCCAUCAAUUACAAGACCAUGCCGGUCGCGGCCAGUCUACGCAAAGCCGCUCCGCAAGGCGUAGAUUGCUACUUCGAUAAUGUCGGCGGGGAUAUUUCUGGCGUGGUCAUGUACCAGAUGAGGCCGUUCGGCCGGAUAGCCGUGUGCGGCAGCAUCUCAAGCUACGACGCGAACCCCUCGUCCUUGCCUAAGUCUACGAUCCUGCAACCUGUGAUGGUGUACAACGAAAUGAAGAUGGAGGGCUUUAUCGUUACACGCUGGGCGGAUCGUUGGCACGAAGGAAUUAUGCACAAUCUGCAGUUGAUUCGCAAGGGCAAGCUCCGUUAUCGCGAGACCGUGACCAAAGGCUUCGAGAACAUGUUCGAUGCCUUCAUCGGCAUGCUGCGCGGCAAGAACGUCGGCAAAGCGAUCGUCCAGGCGUAGACGUCAACGUCGAUCGACGUUGCGAUAUACACUCCGUAUAUAUCCUUACAAAACAAUUAAGAAGAACCAUAUCAACUACUACCUAUUUUUUUAAACGUUAAUAUUACGUAUAUUUUUUUAUCAUUUUUGUGUAAUAUUUUAUAAAUAUUGCUGCAAAA